AGCACUGCUCCUCCACGUUACCUGCAGUCUUGCCUCCGCUUUGGUGUCCGCAGACUCCCGCAGUACCUCCUGCCUCCUCGCUCCUCCCCGCGCUGAUUAAAUGCCCGCUGGACUCUUCAGUCAGCUGCUGUUAAACGCAGUCAUGACAGCGGAGCUGUAAGCUCGGAGCUCCUGAUGUUUUAACUUAUUUUAUUAUUGUUUAAAAAAUAAUUUUAAAGGCUUUUCGGGCACUUUGAUCAGCCAACAAAAAGACUGAGCUAUGAAAACCAUACUUGCUGCAUACUCGGGAUUCAUCAAAGGCACUGGCUCCAGCAUCCUCUCUGCUCUGCAGGACCUCCCCUCAGGGUUAUGGCCCUGCACAUCCAAGAUGGAGAAGCAUCUGCAGGUGAUCUCUGUGAUGCAGUGGGUCAUCUCCUUCUUAGCCUUGGGUGCUGCCUGCACUGCAUUACUGAUCUACAUCUUCUGCACUGACUGCUGGCUGAUUGCUGCCAUUUAUAUAGCCUGGCUUAUUUUUGACUGGAACACCCCAAAACAAGGUGGCAGGAGGUCCUCCUGGGUGAGGAACUGGACAGUGUGGACGUAUUUCCGAGACUACUUUCCAAUCAGGCUAAUUAAAACUCACGACCUGCUGCCCAGCCGGAACUACAUCUUUGGCUACCAUCCCCACGGCAUCUUUUGUUUUGGUGGUUUCUGCAACUUUGGGACUGAGGCCACAGGCUUCUCUAAGAAAUUCCCUGGCAUCAAGCCUUCCCUUGCAACCCUAGCAGGAAACUUUCGUUUUCCCAUCCUGCGAGACUAUCUGAUGUCUGGAGGUAUCUGCCCUGUGAACAGGAACUCCAUCGACUACCUGUUGUCACAGAAUGGGACGGGAAAUGCUGUGAUUAUCGUUGUCGGAGGGGCAGCCGAGUCUCUGCAGUGCACACCCGGCUUGAAUUCUGUCACCCUGAAGAAUCGUAAAGGCUUCGUUAGGCUAGCGCUGCGGAAAGGGGCUGAUCUGGUUCCAGUCUAUUCCUUCGGCGAGAACGACGCCUACAAGCAGGUGAUCUUCGACGAGGGGACCGUCUGGAGGUCUCUGCAAAAGAAGUUACAGAAGAUGUUGGGCUUUGCCCCGUGCCUUUUCUUUGGAAGCUCCUGGGGCAUUGUGCCUUUUUCCAAGCCCAUCACUACCAUAGUUGGGGAGCCAAUCACUGUGCCAAAAAUUGAGGAUGCAUCAGAGGAAGCGGUGGAUCUCUACCAUGCAAUGUACAUCAAGUCCCUCCAGUGCCUUUUUGACAAGUACAAGACCCGCUUUGGUCUGAAAGAGAGUGACAUCCUGCACAUCCACUAGGAAGAUGACGGGUUGCUGCUGAUGGCCCGAACUGUGCAUCUCCAAACCCCUCGCCUCGUCUUCGUUUCGUCACCGCACCUGGGUGCCUAGAUUAUCUCUGGACUGCAGAUGACACAUUUUGCAUGUUUACUGAAGAAACCUUUGCUCACUGCGCCAUCUCACACACACGCAUAGUGCUUUCUCAGGCAAUGGCAGGUUUAAUGAAUGGUGGCCUUUCCCAGCUGCUCUUGUCUGGUUGCCCACAGUGCCUCAUCAGUGCCUUUUUUUCCCCUCCCAGUUUUCUUUUAAAACUUGGGCGUCACGUUUUAACUGCUUCUUUCAGGCAGUGGUCGCUAAGCUCCACUAGAUGGAGCCAGAAGGUAACUUGCAGGACUUGAGCUCCUGAGCUCCUUUACAACUCUACACACUGAACGCACAAACAAUGCAAAUGAAAGGUACCACUUUAUCACUGGGUAGUGCCCAAAGAUUAAUCGAGCCAAAGACAUAUGAUGUCCACAGACAUGUGGUGAUUCCUGCUGGUUAAAGGCCGAAAGUGAAGGAAUUCUACCAGGUAUGGUGAAUGCACAAACGCAUAAGACUGUAGAAAAGCCUUACAGUGUUAAUUGAAUUCUGUAGCAAGGAAAUGCCUAUUUUAGUGCAUUUGUCUCAACAAAUAUUUCUGGUGCACUUUUGAUGUUUUACAUCACCCUCUGAGGUUUUAGUCUCAAAGAUUUUUUUUCCCUCCCCCAAGACAGGCACUGCUCUGCUUGGCUUAUUUCUUUUUCUUUUUUAUGUUCAUACUGGUGACAGGGUUUCUAUCUGGGUGGAUACAUUUAAUGUAUGCAGUGUAAACUACGUGAUUUCUUGUAACUUAAGUGUCUUGGAAGGUUUUGAGCUGUAGUUGAAAAGGAUAAAAUGGUUUUGUGGGUGAAAAUCCUGAUGUUUGCGGGUGAAGAUGGAUGGAUGGAAUCCUGAUGUUUGAUGAUUCCAGUUUACAGUGAGUUUUAUAAAAAAUCUUUCAGGGGAAUCAUUUAAAAUAAGCAAGCGUGUGUCAUGUCGAUGGGAAUAAAGUGUAACAGAAUUGGCUGAAUUUACAGAUGCAAUUUUCACUGGUUUGAGCAUUGUGACGACUACUAUGGAGCAGUGUAAUACCUGUGCAAUGGAUUUGCAAGCAAUAAGCAGCGAGACUUGUCUGUGUGAUGAGUUGCAUAAUCUUUCUGCUGAUGUUUAAAUUAAACUUUUGUAAGUUUUCAGAAAAAAAGUGUGGUGUGUCUUUGAAGUCUUUCCCACAUUUAUGUCAAUGUUUUACUGAAUCUGAGUCUUAUGUAUGUGCUGUGUAGGGAGCACGCCCACCAAAUAUAUGCUUUGUUUUGAACAGUA